CUAACUGGCGUUUAUUUCAGAAAGGCUCGGGUGCGCGCGUGGUCGCCGAUGAGCCGCUUCCCCUCCGCUCGCUGUUUACCUCAGUGGAGCCGCUCUCGACCAAUCAGCUUCGCGGGCGACGCUCCGACAACAAACAAAAGAUCGAGGCUAGCUGAGCUCAUUAUGCUCCGCCGUUCCGUCUAGCAUAGCGCUCUCAACAGCGGCCCGCUCCGCUGGCUAUUAGCUACUUUCUCCAUCGUCUGUGAAAGACAACAUUCUUCUAGUGUCCGUAUUUGUUGCUUUGUGCCAGCUAAUGUAAACCCGAACCAUUUCAGCGACCCCUUUGCCAUUGCUGGCUAAGCUAAACGCGUAAGCUAGCUUAGCUACGCAGCUAACCAGCUCUGGCUGCCUCUCUGCGACCAGCGAAGCCAGUUAGCUUAGCCUGCUAGCUAGCUUUGCUAAACUGCUCUUUAAAACUUGACACUGAGUGACACAAGUGGCCUGGCUUGUUGCUAACAAGCCGUUUAAGUAGAGCUCGUGUCGUAGUCAUGUCUGGACAGUCAUCGGGUUGUGGGUUUCUGAUGUCGGUUGUUGUCCACGGAGACUCUGCUCUAAACGAGCAGGAAAAGGAGCUGAACCAGCGACUGCGACGACUCUACCCAGCCGUUAAUGAAAACGAGACCCCGCUCCCUCGGUCUUGGAGCCCAAAGGACAAGUUUAGCUACAUCGGGCUCUCUCAGAACAAUCUCCGUGUUCACUAUAAAGGUCACGGUAAAACCCCUAAAGAUGCAGCGUCUGUACGGGCCACACACCCCAUCCCAGCUGCCUGCGGCGUCUACUACUUUGAGGUGAAGAUCAUCAGUAAAGGCCGAGAUGGGUACAUGGGCAUCGGCCUUUCAGCUCAGGGGGUGAACAUGAACAGACUUCCUGGUUGGGACAAGCACUCGUAUGGUUACCAUGGCGAUGACGGACACUCCUUCUGCUCAUCUGGCACCGGGCAACCCUACGGACCCACGUUUACAACGGGUGAUGUGAUCGGCUGCUGCGUUAACCUCAUCAACAACACCUGCUUCUACACAAAGAACGGCCACAGCCUCGGUAUCGCCUUCACAGAUCUACCGCCGAACCUGUACCCAACCGUGGGCCUUCAGACUCCAGGAGAGGUGGUGGAUGCAAACUUUGGUCAGCACCCCUUCGUGUUUGACAUUGAGGACUACAUGCGUGAGUGGAGAACGAAGAUCCAGGCCCAGAUCGAUCACUUCCCCAUCGGAGAGCGUGAGGGCGAGUGGCAGUCCAUGAUCCAGAAGAUGGUGGCUUCAUACCUGGUGCACCACAGCUAUUGUGCCACGGCUGAAGCUUUUGCCAAGUCCACCAACCAGGCCGUGCACGAGGAGCUGGCCUCCAUUAAAAAUCGACAGAAGAUCCAGAAGCUGGUGUUGUCCGGUAGAAUGGGUGAGGCCAUCGAGACCACCCAGCAGCUCUACCCCAACCUCCUGGAGAGGAACCCAGACCUGCUCUUCAUGCUCAAGGUGAGGCAGUUCAUAGAGAUGGUGAAUGGGACCGACAGCGAGGUGAGGUGUCUCGGUGGUCGCAGCCCAAAGUCUCAGGACAGUUACCCCGGCUCCCCCAGACCCUUCAGCAGCCCCAGCCACAAAGCCAGCAGCUCCCAGCCCUACAUCACAGGGUUUGACAGCAACUGCUGUAAUGGAGUGACGCCUAAUAAGAGCCACAGCUCCUCCCCUCACAGUCACAAGCCCUGCCCCCCAGGCUCUGGCUCCGCCCCCUCAGCGUCGGACGUUAGCCUCAACGGGAGCCGCAGUCAACAGACCAGUAACGACGUGGACAUGGAGGUUGACCACUUCACCAACGGCGUGACGGAGUCGUCCUCUAAUGGUUUCCUGAACGGCAGCUCUAAACACGCCCCAGAGGCCGACGACUGUGACGCAGACAUGGAGGUGGAGUCGACUCAGUCCAAGAGGCAGCUGUGCGGCGGCAGCCAGGCGGCCAUCGAGAGAAUGAUCCACUUCGGCAGGGAGCUCCAGAGCAUGAGCGAACACCUCCGCCGUGAGUGCGGCAAGAACUCUGCCAACAAGAAGAUGCUGAAGGAUGCCUUCAGCCUGCUGGCGUACUCGGAUCCCUGGAACAGCCCGGUCGGCUACCAGCUGGACGCCCUGCAGAGGGAGCCGGUCUGCUCCACGCUCAACAGUGCAAUACUAGAGACUCACAAUCUGCCCAAGCAGCCGCCUCUGGCCCAGGCCGUGGGCCAGGCCGCCCAGUGUCUCGCCAUCAUGGCUCGGACUGGCAGCGGCUCCUGCGCCUUUGCCUCUGUGGACGAUUACCUGCACUAGCUCUGUCUGUACCACACACGCGCACACACACACACACACACACACACACACAGCCCGCCACUCUGAGGACCCGUCCAGAGGAGCCUCCCUCCUUGAGCCUCCUGGCGGGUCCUCGGCCUGACGGCUCCACCACAGACUCAGAUCCAUCGUAAAGCUGAACGUUCCGCCUCCACCUCGGCUCGGCCCUGCUCACCGCUCCUACAGCCACUCGAGGCUGCGCCUGCUCGGCCCUCAGCAGAACGCUGCACAUGUGGAUUGUUACCCUGGGGGCAUCAACCGCGCUUUAACACAAGCGAACGCUGAGUCUCCACUGAGGCGCCGUUACACCGUUACAGACACCCUCACCCUGUGCACCGCCCCUGCCCCCAGAGACCCGCUCUCAUUUCAGGACAAUGGUGGAGUCUAGUGUGACACGUGGACUCGGGACUCAGGACUUGGAAGAAGCCAGAGAUUAUCGACCGUCUUCACUCAGCGUUCCCGCUUUUAACCUUUUUAUUUAGUUUUGUUUGUCAUGGCUGAGGAGGGAGGGCGUCGCCUGGCACUGGUUUGUUUUUAGUUUUUUGCAGGUUUACGAGGCCUGGUGCAGACGGCCAUGUUAUCAUUAUUAUUAUUAUUAUUAUUGUUGUUAUUAUUAUUCUAAGUACCAUUCUAUUAAUUGUUACUUGCAUUCACAGUAUAUUUGUUGAGGCCAGCGAGAGCAAGUUCCACCAACUUAUUAUAAUAAAGGUCCCGAUUCCACCGACGACCAGUGACGAGUGUGUGUACAUGUUAACGCUCACGAUGUGUUCAGGAGCCCACGUGCUGCUUGCUUCCUGUGCUGACCCGUUACCACGGUAACGGCUCUGUUAUUGUGAUGUCAGAGAGUCAGAUUCUCACUCUCCAUUGAGGUAAAUCCUUCAAAUCCUUCAGGACAGAGUUGAGGUCUGAACCAGCAGCAGCUCUGGUGCUGAGCGUGUUUGAUCAGGUGGUCAAAGCUGCUUUAAGGUCGACAUUUCAUUUUAAGUCAAACUGAGGUUUCAACUCUAAAUGCUAAACAACUUUGACCUUCAGGUAUAAGUUUAUAUUUCAUAUACUUUAUUCCACUAGUUCUGUGUACAGUUGUUAGUUUGACUUGUAACUUUCAUCCAGUGACCACAGAAUCGGCUGCAGCAAAUCAUCCCUCACCAGAAGCAGCUGCAGAUGUGAGAGCAUUCCAUCCUAGACGAGGUCCGUCUGAGCUCCUUCAUCCUUAAAGAAGCUCAAACGGACCGACCGAGCUGGUUCAGGUUCGCUCUGCCCUGAGAGUCAUGAUGUCAUCGUGUCCACCCGUCGCCCUCAGAGCCAGGCUUCCACUUCAUGUAGUUCUGUGCUGAAAAGCAUCUGCAAGGAAACGGCUUAAGUCUCAUCCAGUGAAGCCGACUGCUCCGUGGCUUUUACGUCCACAACAUAAAAUACCAAAUACUUUAGGCAAGAGAAACACUAAGGUGACGUUGGUUCUCCCCAGGGCUCACAGACGCCGCUCCUCAUGGUGGAACCCAGCUCUUCUGUAUUUGAGUUUGUAUUUUUCAAAUUACGGCUGCAGCAUCGUUUAGAAAACUUCUUAGGCAAAGGUUCUGUUGUCUCAGAGUAAGGUCUGAAACCUAUGCAUGCCAUAGUAAAGUGGUGGUAAGAUCACAUUAGCGUCUCUUACUCCUUGUAGCCAGUUCAGUGUAUAAGGAAGAUGUCACCAGUACAUUGUCCACUGACUGUGUCCAUCUGGAGAAAAAAUGUGCAAUUUGUAAGGGGGGAAAAGAUUUAUAUUAAAAAUGGCAAAUGAC